AUGCCGGAGAUCAGAGACGACAAUGGAAAUAAACCGUCUUAUAUAACCGGCGGCGGAGAGGAAGAGCUAGGCUGCAAGCUCUUCAAGAAGUACGAGCUCGGGAAGCUCCUGGGUUAUGGCGCCUUCGCCAAGGUGUACCACGCGCGGGACUUGCGCACUGGCCAGAGUGUGGCCAUUAAAGCCAUGAGCAAGCAGAAGAUCCUCAAAAGGAACCUCACGGCACACAUUAAGAGGGAGAUUUCUAUAUUGCGCCAGCUGCGCCACCCCCAUAUAGUGCGCCUCCUUGAGGUCAUGGCCAGCAAGACCAAAAUCUAUUUCGUCCUAGAAUUCGCCAAGGGCGGUGAAUUGUUUGCGAAAAUUGCGAAAGGCCGAUUCAGCGAGGACCUCAGCCGCAAAUAUUUCCAGCAAUUAAUCUCCGCUGUGGAUUACUGCCACUCGCGCGGCGUUUAUCACCGCGAUUUGAAGCCGGAAAAUCUAUUACUUGACGAGAAUUGGGAACUCAAAAUCACGGAUUUCGGACUGUCCGCCGUGUCGGAUCAGAUCCAACCCGACGGCCUCCUCCACACACUCUGCGGAACCCCCGCCUACGUGGCGCCGGAAAUACUCGCAAAGAAGGGAUACGACGGCGCAAAAGUCGACAUAUGGUCAUGCGGAAUCAUACUGUAUGUAUUAAAUGCGGGUUACUUGCCAUUCAACGACCCGAAUUUGAUGGUGAUGUACAAGAAAAUCUACAAAGGAGAAUUCCGGUGCCCCAAAUGGACAUCUCCGGAGCUAAAGCGGUUCUUAACCCGGAUCCUGGACCCGAACCCGAAUACCCGUGUUACCAUUCAAGAAAUAAUCAAUGACCCGUGGUUCAGAAAGGGGUACAAGGAGAUUAAAUUCCCAAUCGAGAAUGAAUUUGAAUUCAAGAAUUUUAGCGAAGGGGAAGAGAAGGGUUUUUUGAAUGCCUUUGAUAUAAUCUCAUUUUCCUCCGGUUUCGAUCUGUCCGAUUUGUUCAGUAACAACGGGAAUCGCAUUGACGGCGAAAUGUUAAUCUCAAAAGAGCCACCGGAGAGAAUAAUUGAGAAAAUUGAGGCGGUGGCGAAAGAGGAAGGACUAGUGGUGGCAAAGAAGGGAUUAAGCGUAAGACUGCAGGGGCAAAAUGGGAAUUCUAUUGUGGUUGUUGAGAUUAACCGGUUAACGGAAGAGCUGGUGAUGGUGGAGAUGAAAAGCGGUGGAUUUGGACGUGAUAUAUGGAUAAAGAAAUUCGAGCGACUACUCAAUUCUUCACCGGAACACGUAGCCGGUGACUGA